CAGCAAAAGCAAGAACGUUCGAAUGUAUUCCAAUGUUCGAUUUUCGAAUGUUAGAAUCACAUGUCCUUGUCAUAGGCUCGAGUUUGAUUAGACAGUCGUUUUGAGAGAAAUAUUCUCACUUCAGUAAGUUCCUGCUCUGCUAACACACACACCGUGCUCAUUGGUGGAGAAGCGCUGCCUGUGGCUCGCGCUGCACUGCUGACCGCGCGUAACCCCGCCCCUUUAUGCAAAUCCAAGAGACACACAGUCUUGGCUGAGGGAGCAGGCGCGCUCUGAUUGGUCAGCGACAAACCCAUUUAUAUUCGCUGACAGUCGCUCUAUGAAUGGUUGUCUAUUAACUUGUUCAAAAAGUAUCAGGAGUUGACAAGGGCUCAGGCGAGGAGGGAAAGCGAGUUUGUGUUGAUUCUUCAAGACCAAGAAAAGAAGUUUGUGGGCUCAACAGGACCUGAGAGCGCGUACCUCCACAGCAAAGUUCCCACAACUGCUAAGGUAACUUCGCCAGCCUCCACUUUGGACUUUUGGCGUAUUUUUUCUGUUUACUUCUGGUUGGGAAGACUUUCACGAAAUCGCUAUAAAUGUAUAACAUGAUGGAAACCGAGCUGAAGCCCCCGGUGUCCCAGCCGAACACGGGGGGCACGGGGAACACCAACUCUUCGGGAAACAACCAGAAAAACAGCCCGGACCGGGUCAAGAGACCCAUGAACGCCUUCAUGGUGUGGUCGCGGGGCCAGAGGAGGAAAAUGGCACAGGAGAACCCCAAAAUGCACAAUUCGGAAAUAAGCAAGCGCCUCGGGGCCGAGUGGAAACUUCUGUCCGAGAGCGAGAAGCGGCCGUUCAUCGACGAAGCCAAGCGCCUUCGGGCUCUGCACAUGAAGGAACACCCGGAUUACAAAUACAGACCCCGGAGGAAAACCAAGACCCUCAUGAAGAAGGACAAGUACACCCUGCCGGGCGGGCUUCUGGCGCCGGGCGGCAACGGCAUGGGCGCCGGUGUGGGUGUAGGGGCCGGUUUGGGCGCUGGGGUCAACCAGAGGAUGGACAGUUAUGCCCACAUGAACGGCUGGACCAACGGAGGCUACGGCAUGAUGCAGGAGCAGCUGGGUUACCCGCAGCACCCGGGACUGAACGCGCACAACACGGCGCAGAUGCAGCCCAUGCACCGCUACGACAUGAGCGCGCUCCAGUACAACUCCAUGACCAACUCGCAGACCUACAUGAACGGAUCGCCCACCUACAGCAUGUCCUAUUCGCAGCAAAGCACGCCGGGAAUGACGCUGGGCUCCAUGGGCUCGGUGGUCAAGUCCGAGUCCAGCUCGAGUCCGCCGGUGGUCACGUCGUCCUCUCACGGCCGGGCCGGACAGUGUCAAACGGGGGACCUGCGGGACAUGAUCAGUAUGUACCUGCCUGGCGCGGAGGUGCAGGACCAGAGCGCGCAGAGCAGACUGCACAUGUCCCAACACUACCAGAGCGCGCCUGUGCCCGGCACGACGAUCAACGGCACCAUCCCCUUAUCACACAUGUAAACGAACUUUUCUACUCUCCUUUGGACUAUUUUUGUACAGAACACUUUUGGGGAGGGAAAAGUUGUAUAGAGCUCAAGGAAAGAACACAAACUUUUGCUUUCUAUUUAAAAAUGGAACGGUAGGAACUCCACACAGUUUUUUCGUUCUGUUGUUCUUUUUCUUUUUCUGUUCUGUUCUGUUUUUAUUAUUAUUCCAGAAGGUGUAUGAGAUUUGGAAAGCUGAAACGGGGGGAGAGUGAAUCAGAUGUUUUAUUAUCGCAAUCGCCGUUUGUACAGUAUUUAUCAAAGACACAUAAUAACAGCCAGAUGUAAUGUUUGUCAACAGCAAGGAAGUCACUUUUUUUUUAUAAAAGGCAAAAUGAUGGCACGACUGAUGUUGGCUUCAGUAUAUGCUUUAAAAUUCCUCUGCAAACGCUGAAUUGAAAGAAAGGGAUACAAAAAAUGAAGGUGCAUAGUAAUAAACCGUUAUUAUUAUUUGUAUUAUUAUAGUAGUAGGCUAUUAUUAUUAUUAUUAAGUUCUAAAUGAGAGAACAAACAGAGGCACUCUCGCAGGUUUAGGCUAUCUGAUUUGAUUCUUUUCGGUCCCACUCCUCAUCUGUUAGGUCUAUGAAGUUUGUGUUCUUUAUUUUCUCAUGGUUUGUAAAUUUUCUGUACAUUUUCCUGUGAUAUUUUGAGUUCUUAUUUGAGAAACCUUAAUUUUUCGUAGCUGUAAAAUGUGGCCUGUACGCAGUUGCCAACGCUCCAUGUAUAUAUUUUAACUAAUAACAUCAUUAUAACAAUUACAAUCUGAGUUUUUUUUUUUCAAUAUGCAGUUUGAAAUGAAUAAAUUUUUGAAAUUUG